CGUUAUUUCGCCAGGCAGUAGACACCAUUACUAUUGCAAAGGCUGCUCUUGAGGCCAAAGGUUACGAGGUGCAAACCACUCGCAUUGCAACCAACCCAUUCCCGGAAUUCACCCGGCAUGACACCGUGGAAAACGCAUGCACCAUUCUUGACGACAUCUGCAGUGACCUGGGUAAGCGUUUGAGCUUUAUGGCUUGCUUCCCGAGCGCUUUCAACUCAACUGCUUCCAUUAGGCAUUAUGAUGUUGAACAUUGGCCCCGCUUCGGAUGUCGACAUUAUUGCUCGAAUCCCUCACCUUAUCGCGUCCACAAAACAUUUAUCCAUGUCGAGCACCAUCCCUAUCAAAGCCAACGGGGUAAUUGACCAGGCGUAUGCCAUUCAAGGUGCAAAGGUUAUCAAUGCCAUUGCAGAUCAUUCUCCAGACCUUAAUUUCCGCUUCUGCGUAUCGGCAAACACAAAGCCAGGCAUACCGUUCUUUCCAGUUGGCUAUGGCCCAUCGUAUGUCAAGGGUUCCGCAUCGCAAAUAUCGUUUUCCCUAGGUUUAGAGUGUUCGGAUUUGGUGGUAGUUGCUUUUGAGCGUGCAAGAAAAGACGGCCCUGCCCAAGGUGACGAUCAAGACCCCUGGGAUUUGGCGGAAAAUUAUUUACGACAUGAAAUGGAAUCUGCAUGCAAGCCAGUGGAGCAGUUGAUGCAAUCGCUGGUAUGCCCUGCUUCCUAUACCGGCAUUGAUGUUUCCGUUGCACCAACGUGUGGAUCCGACGCCAUAAAUACGAGUCUUGUCACUGCGUAUGAAGCUGUUAUUCCAAAGUUUGGCGGCGCCGGCACGUUGACCAUUUCAGCCAUGAUAACUGGUGUCUUGAAGACUUUGGAUGUCUUGAAAUGCGGUUACUCAGGGCUCAUGUUGCCUAUCAUGGAGGAUGCUGGGCUAGCCAAGCGGUUUGCCGAGAGGACGUAUUCCGUACAAGAAGUCCUUCUCUAUAGCACUGUGUGCGGAUGUGGUCUGGACUGCGUACCUAUAGCUGGUGAUACGCCAUUGAAGGCGUUGGCAAACUUACUGGCUGAUAUGGCGACCCUUGCCUACCGAUUGAAUAAGCCUCUGUCAGCUCGCAUGUUCCCUUUCCCUGGACUGAAACAGGAUAUGGCUACUGAAUUUGAUAAUCCACUCCUUGUAAACACCAAGGUUGUCAAGCUCGAAUGAUAGAAAAUAUACUUUUUAUUUAUGAAGAAUCUUUAGCGAUCCCUCCAAACAAAAAG